CAGCAGCAGCAGCAGCAGCGGGCGCCUUGGGCUGCGAGGGCUUGGCUGCCUCCUUCCUUCCCCUCCAUUUCUUUGGCCAUGACGCGGGGCUUUCGGGGGGCGCCUCCUGGGGGCUGCGGCUGCUGCUGCUGAAGAGGAGCAAGAGGAGGAGCAGGAAGAGGAGGAGGCGGUGGCUGCUGCUGCUGCUCUGCUCACCUGGGCAGGUUGCCCCUGAUCCUCCUGGGCUGCUGGGGGCCAGCCAUGCCUGCCUCGCCCUCGGGCUGCCGGGGCUGAGAUUGUGCCGGGGUCCCUUUGGGAGUCCUCCUCCUCCUCCUCCUUCUUGCCGCUGCUGCUGGGUCUUCGGGGGGGCCAGCCAUGCCGGGCUCCGGGAGCUGCCCUUCCCGCCUCCUCCUGCUCCCCCUCCGGCGCCUGGGGCUGCUGCUGCUGGCCCUGGGGAGCCUGGCCCUCCUGCCGCCCAGCCGAGGCUGCCCCGGGAAGUGUACCUGCUCCGGACCCAACGUGGACUGCCACGGCCUCGGCCUCCAAGGCGUCCCCCGAGGCAUCCCCCGGAACGCCGAGCGCCUUGACUUAGAUAGAAACAACAUUACAAGGAUUACAAAAGUGGACUUUGCUGGACUGAAGAACCUUCGUGUUCUGCAUUUGGAAGAGAAUCUAAUCAGUGUGAUAGAACGUGGAGCUUUUCAAGAUCUGAAGCAACUUGAACGGCUGCGUCUCAACAGAAAUAAACUGCAAGUUCUUCCAGAGCUCCUUUUUCAGAAUACAUUGAAGCUAACCAGACUGGACUUAAGUGAAAAUCAGAUCCAAGGCAUCCCAAGGAAGGCUUUCCGAGGAAUUACAGAUGUGAAGAAUUUGCAACUGGACAACAAUCAGAUCAGCUGCAUUGAAGAUGGAGCCUUCCGAGCCUUGCGUGACUUGGAGAUUCUUACUCUCAAUAACAACAACAUCACACGCAUCCCUCUCACCAGCUUCAACCAUAUGCCAAAGAUUAGGACCCUACGGCUUCAUUCCAAUUACUUAUACUGUGACUGUCAUCUUGCUUGGCUUUCUGAUUGGCUGCGUCAGAGGCGAUCAGUUGGACAGUUCACCUUUUGCAUGUCACCUGUUCACUUGAGAGGGUUUAAUGUUGCAGAUGUUCAGAAAAAAGAAUAUGUCUGCUCAGGAAACACUGAACCUCCAUCCUGCAAUGCCAAUUCCAUCAGUUGUCCAUCACCUUGUACUUGUAGUAAUAAUAUUGUGGAUUGUCGAGGAAAAGGAUUAACUGAAAUUCCAGCCAACUUGCCAGAGAGUAUUGUGGAAAUUCGCUUGGAGCAGAACUCCAUCAAAAGUAUUCCUCCUGGUGCUUUUUCUCAGUACAAGAAACUUAAAAGAAUCGAUAUCAGCAAGAAUCAAAUAUCAGAUAUUGCAUCAGAUGCCUUUCAUGGCUUGAAAUCUCUCACCUCACUAGUGCUCUACGGAAAUAAGAUCACAGAGAUUCCAAAAGGCCUUUUUGAUGGACUUAUGUCUCUGCAGUUGCUGCUUCUCAAUGCCAAUAAGAUCAACUGCCUGAGAGUAAACACAUUUCAAGAUCUACAUAAUCUCAAUUUGCUAUCUCUUUAUGACAAUAAGCUGCAGACUAUCAGCAAAGGGCUUUUUGUGCCUCUCCAGUCGAUCCAAACUCUGCAUUUAGCUCAGAAUCCAUUUGUGUGCGACUGCCAUUUGAAGUGGCUGGCUGAUUACCUGCAGGAUAAUCCAAUAGAAACCAGCGGUGCUCGAUGCAGCAGCCCACGUCGCCUUGCCAACAAACGAAUCAGCCAGAUCAAGAGCAAGAAGUUCCGUUGCUCAGGUUCAGAGGACUACAGGAGUAAGUUCACUGGGGAAUGCUUCAUGGACCUGGUCUGCCCUGAAAAAUGCCGCUGUGAGGGAACAAUUGUAGACUGCUCUAACCAAAAGCUCACUCGACUUCCUAGUCACCUCCCAGAAUAUACAACAGACCUGCGUUUACAUGACAAUGACAUUUCUGUUCUGGAAGCAACUGGAAUAUUCAAGAAGCUACCCAGCCUACGAAAGAUAAACCUGAGUAACAACAAGAUCAAAGAGAUUCGGGAAGGUGCUUUUGACGGGGCAGCGGGAGUGCAGGAACUGAUGUUGACAGGGAACCAGUUGGAAUCAGUGCAUGGACGAAUGUUUAGAGGUCUCACAGGGCUCAAGACAUUGAUGCUCAGGAGCAACAUGAUCAGUUGUGUAAACAAUGACACCUUCACAGGACUGAGUUCAGUAAGAUUACUCUCUCUCUAUGACAAUCGCAUUACUACAAUCACCCCAGGAGCCUUCAGUACACUUGUUUCUUUAUCUACCAUUAAUCUGCUGUCUAACCCAUUUAAUUGUAACUGCCACUUGGCAUGGUUGGGGAAAUGGCUAAGAAAGAGGAGGAUUGUCAGUGGAAACCCACGUUGCCAGAAACCAUUUUUCUUGAAAGAGAUUCCGAUUCAGGAUGUAGCUACACAGGAUUUCACAUGUGAUGGAAAUGUUGAAAGUAGCUGCCAUUUCUCCCCCCGUUGUCCUGACCAGUGUACCUGCAUGGAUUCAGUAGUUCGCUGCAGUAACAAAGGGUUGCGGUUUCUGCCAAAAGGUGUUCCCAAAGAUGUGACUGAACUGUAUUUAGAAGGAAAUCAUUUAUCUGCUGUACCAAAGGAACUCUCCCUGUUCAGACACUUAACACUGAUUGACUUAAGCAACAACAGCAUCAGUGUGUUGGCCAAUUACACCUUCAGUAACAUGACACAGCUAUCAACACUGAUCCUGAGCUACAACAGGCUACGGUGUAUCCCAGCCCAUGCAUUUAAUGGGCUUAAAUCUCUCAGAGUGCUGUAAGCUCUUCAUGGCAAUGAUAUAUCCAGUGUCCUGAAGAUCUUUAAUGAUCUUGUGUCACUUUCCCAUCGUACACUUGGUACCAAUCCUUUACACUGUGACUGCAAUCUGCGUUGGCUUUCUGAGUGGGUGAAAGCAGGCUACAAAGAGCCAGGGAUUGCACGAUGCAGCACUCCAGAUGAUAUGGCUGAUAGGCUCUUGCUAACAACACCAAUUCACCAUUUCCAAUGUAAAGGGGCUGUCAAUAUCAAUAUUGUGUCCAAGUGCAACCCUUGCCUAUCCAAUCCCUGUAAAAAUAAUGGGACUUGCAACAAUGAUCCAGUAGACUUUUACCGAUGCACUUGUCCAUUUGGCUACAAGGGUCGAGACUGCAGCACACCUAUUAACUCUUGUAUUCAGAAUCCAUGUCAGAAUGGGGGGACUUGCCAUCUCACUGACACGAAUCAAGAUGGAUUCAGCUGUUCUUGCCUUAUUGGAUUCGAGGGGAAGAAAUGUGAAGUGAAUCCAGAUGACUGUGAAGAUAACGAUUGUGAGAACAACUCAACUUGUAUGGAUGGGAUAAAUAAUUAUGCCUGUCUCUGCCUCCCUAAUUAUACAGGGGAGCUAUGUGAUGAGGUGAUCAACCAGUGUGUACCUGAGCUGAACCCUUGCAAACAUGACUCCAAAUGUAUCUCUCUUGACAAAGGAUAUAGAUGUGAAUGCUUACCUGGCUACAGUGGGAAACACUGUGAAACUGAUGAUGAUGACUGCAUGGCACACAAAUGUCGCCAUGGGGCAUUGUGUGUAGAUGCUGUCAAUGGAUACACUUGCAUUUGUCCUCCAGGAUUCAGUGGACUCUUCUGUGAAAAUCCUCCACCGAUGGUUCUGCUCCAGACCAGCCCUUGUGACUACUAUGAGUGCCAAAAUGGAGCUCAGUGCAUUGUAGUACACCAGGAACCAGUCUGUCGUUGCCUGGCUGGCUUUGCUGGCCUGAAGUGUGAGAAACUCAUUACUGUCAAUUUCGUUGGGAAGGAUUCCUAUGUAGAGCUUCCGCUAGCCAAAAUCCUCCCUCAAGCAAACAUCUCUCUUCAAGUAGCAACGGAUAAAGACAAUGGCAUCUUAUUAUACAAAGGGGACAAUGAUCCUCUGGCUUUAGAGUUGUACCAAGGUCAUGUCAGGCUUAUCUAUGACACUCUGAAUUCUCCACCCACAACUAUAUACAGUGUGGAAACAGUAAACGAUGGACAGUUUCACAGCGUGGAGCUGGUGAUGCUUAACCAGACUUUCAACUUGGUUGUAGAUAAAGGUGCUCCCAAGAGUCUUGGCAAACUCCAGAAACAGCCCAUCGUUGGUGAAGAUUCACCACUCUACAUUGGAGGCAUCCCUACAUCCACAGGGCUGUCUUCUCUGAGACAGGGAACAGAAAGAACACCCAGUGGUUUUCAUGGAUGCAUUCAUGAUGUCCGCAUUAAUAAUGAACUGCAGGACUUCAAGGAUCUACCACAUCAGUCAGUUGGGGUCCUCCCUGGUUGCAAGUCCUGUAACAUCUGCAAGCAUGGCAUCUGCCGCUCUAUUGAGAAGACAAGUGUGGUCUGCGAGUGCCACCCAGGCUGGACGGGCUCAUUGUGUGACCAAGAAGUUAAAGAUCCCUGUCUCAACAGCAAAUGUCUCCAUGGCAAAUGUAUAGCCAGCAACACUGCUUACACUUGUAAGUGUAUAGAAGGUUACAUGGGCACGUACUGCGACAGGAAGAAUGAUUCCUACAGCUCCUGCCGAGCUCUGAAAUGUGGCCAUGGGCAAUGUAAGAUCUCAGCGCAAGGGGAACCCUACUGUGACUGUGAUCCAAACUACAGUGGGGAGCAUUGCGACAGAGAGAAUAUUUGCCAAGGAGAGAUCAUCCGUGAAUUCAUUCGGAAGCAACAAGGUUCUGUCUCCUGUGUCUCCGUGGUCAAGGUGGCUCGUGUGGAAUGUCAAGGCAAUUGUGGGAACAAUCAGUGCUGCAUUGCCCUCCGAAGCAAAAGGCGGAAAUAUGGCUUCCAGUGCGUGGAUGGCUCCACCUUCACAGAAGAGCUCGAGAGGCACGUGGAAUGUGGCUGUGCAAAGUGCUUAUAAAGGGCUGGGCAGCCUCUUUGUCCUCCUUUGUAUCGACUCAGAUGUGCUAUCAAAAACGGGACCUAUUUACUUUUUAAGUAAAGAAAAGAAUAUUAAGUAUAUUGUAAAAUAAGCAAAAAAUAGAAGUUAUUUUUAUUAUGAAAAGUGACUAUUUUCAUCUUUUAUUAUAUAAAGUAUCUGACUGUUUUUGGGUAUAUGUAUCAUAUAGUGAGUUAUUUUUACUAUCGAUUUUUUUUUUACAGUUGUAAAAAAAAAGGAGAAAAAUUAUUCCAGACCUAAACACAGGGAUUUUUUUUUAAAAAAAAGAGUAUAGAUGAUAAGCUUUGCACGAUGGCCUGAUGUGAAAGUAAUUCAAAGGGGUCUACCACAGAAAUAGCAAAAACAAGCCUACAACAAUUCCGGGUACAUACAUGUGUCAGACUUUCAAUUGUCUUUACUGUCCAGGAAAGUUAAUAUCCCUUUCAGCUGAUGAUAGAACUACUCAUUAUGCUUGUUAUUAUUCUGGCACUGCUUGACAUCAUUGCCAAUGAAGCAUAUUGUAACACCACCUUAGUUCAGGCCUUAUGCACAGAUGUUAUUAUGCACAUAUUAAUGCAAUAGUAAAGUAACAUGUUUUGUCUUAUAUGCGACUGUCAUACAGUUUGGAUUCUAAUCAGUUCAGUUGGCUGUCUAGCACCAGCAAUCUCACAAAUUGAAAAUUUAAGGAAAAGCUUAUAAAGUUUGGGGAUUUUCUUUCCUUUCAAAGUGAUGGAGAAAAAUCAUUGAACUUUUAUCACACAGGGCUCCCAGGUACCACUCUCAGAACGGAACAGAAUGGGCCUAUAAUGAGUGGGGGACGCAAUUCGUUGCACACACAAGUCGCUCACUCCUUCUGUUCCGUUCAUCAUUUGUUCCCCAUCCGUUCUAGAGGAGGAGAUUUUUGAGAACUGUUCAAAACAAUUCCCCAAAAUCUCCUCCUCUCUGUAAUGGACUGGGAACAGAAGCGCAGGGAACGAAAUGAGUGAGGGACUCUGUGUGCAAUAAAAUGUGUUGCCCACUUGUUCUGUUCCCUUCCUGGCUCCUUUGGGACCGUUGUCUUGUCUUGUCUUGUCCCAGGAGCCCUGUGCAAUAAAGUCCAUUGUGUUACCUCUUAAUCAGUAACUUAUUUCCAGCAGGUGAAACAUUCUUCCUUCUUACAGAUCCUCCUCCCCGGUUGGCUCCCAUUCUACACAUGAAAAGCAUCUUGCAUACAUUUCUGAAAGGUAGAGGACCAAAUGUAGAUCUCCUGUGGGUGGCAACUUCCUUAUUUGUAACUUAACUCUCUGCUUUAGACUGCAAAACAGAAAUGCACUGAAACAAUGCCUUACUCACAAUGACAAUCGAUUUUAAAAUCCCCAAAACUUAACACAGCCAUGUUUGCCUUAUUCCAAGAGUUCUCUCACAAGGUCAUUUAAAUAAACAAAUCCACUUUCCUUUGACCUGGUGCAAUGCUAAACUUGAAACUACAAUUUAUAAUACAUUUGAAAGUGACAAAUCCUGCUUAGCUUUGUCCAGCCACACAUGAUAGAUCCUCACCCUUGCAGUUGAUCCAUGGCAUAGUGUAUAGAAUUAUACCUUGUCUGCCAUGUACCACUGCCAUAUACUUUUGCUGACUCCUCACAAAGUCUUCAUGUUCUAGUAUUGGUUGACAUGGCCAAUGACUACAGCUACCACAAGGAACAGCCACUAAACAUGCAGAUUCCACUAAAGAAAGGGAUAUAAUUUAUAGGCCUGGUUUCUGAAUGAUACUUUGGAGAAGGAAAGGUUGACAGAAUGAGGCAUUAAUCCUAGGAGAGCUGUACAUCUUGCCCACCAUAAAUGCCUCUGUCAUUUCAUAUAACCGCAUCUGGUUUACUCUCUCAGGUCCUUUUUCUUUCAUUUGUUUUACUUGGAUGUGUAGUCAUAGCUUCUAAUUCCAAGGAGACAUUGGUGAGAGAAAGUGGACUUUUCAAAAGUGCCAGAGAAAAGAGAGCGAGAACUUGGCAAUUUUUUAAAAAAUGUUAUUAUUUGGUUGCUUGAAUUGGGUUUAUUUUUUAUUUUUUAUUUUAUUUUUUUGGUAUUCUAGUCAAAGCUUAAAAUCCUGGCAAAAUGACCUAUACAUGGAACAAGAUUUUUACUAGAGGAUAUAUAUACUGCUCAUCAUAAAGACAUAGAUUAAUAUGUUUGACUUUAAAAACAGCCAUGGGAGGGAAUCCUACUUAAUGGCCAGCAGAACCUUUCUGCAAAGAACAGAUUGUUACCAUGCAGCAAGCAUUUCUCUUUCCCCUCCUUUUGCAUUUUUCAGGAGUCUGAAAAUACUUAAGAUUUUUUAUUCUAAUUAUAGUCUUCUGAAAGCCACAAUAGUUUGUUCAGAUUUCCUUAUGGAUUCUCAGGAUAAUUUCAGGCAGGAGGGAAAUGGCUGAUACAAUAGUCGCCUUUCAGAAUAAAUAGUAGUAUAUGGAGCCUGCAAUCAGUGUAACAUAAAACAAUCACUAGUUACUUUGCCAAAGCCUGAUUGAAAUAAUACAGUUCAGGAGCUAGCGCUGGAGAAAAGGCCACUGUGGAGAGUGGAGUAUGUUAUUUUGAGCACAAUAUGCGAUGCUAGAAGCAGCUGGAAUUUAUAAUGUAGAAAUGUACCACAAUCUGCAGAGACCAAAAGUUUGCAAAAACAAAUGCAAGAACACUCUCUUGUGUGAAUAAGAUUUUGGCACAGGCUUCUUUUUUCCUAAUGAUUUGUUCUUUUUCAUGGCAUCUGUUAUCCGAGAAGCUAUUGCAAAGAAUGGUAAUCCAGUCAGAAUAGUCAGAUCAUAGACAUGUAAUGCUACUAAAGACUGUACACUGCCAAAAAGGAGGAGAAGAAAUAAAAAUUAGAAAAGAAAAUACUAUAUUGGGAUAGUAGCAGAGUAAAGAAUAAAAAUACAGUUUCCAUAUGGCCCUUUCUCUUCUUUUAAUACAUGUUAUUAGAGAAGGCCAAAUGUUUUGUGAAAUAAUUCCAAGAAUGUUUCCAAAAUUGCCAAGAUGAAAAAAAUAGCCACAGUAAAUACAUUCUUGUACUACGUGGUGACUUUAAAGACACUUUAUUUGCUUUCUAUCAUUAGAUGGUUCACACUGUGCUGUUUCAACUGGUGUAUGAAAUCUAAUUUCUUGUUUUGUUUUGUUUUGUUUCUAAGUGCCAAAAGAUCUAUGAAGUUAGUUUUAAAAGUGUUAAUUAGAUCUCUCUGAACUGCCUAAAUGACAGUAUGUUUUGGCUAUUGUAAAUGGAAUGCAAUAGCUCACUUUAAAAAAAUUAAUAUAAAGAAAGAUGCUAACCCUAUAAAAAUUGUACAUUGGCAAUGUGAAUUGGUAUGAUUUUUGUGUAUGUUACUAGAUUGUCCUAUUGUGAUGUAAUAAAUUUAAGUAAAUUGUUGGGUUACAGAUGA